AUGGACUUUCUUGUUCAAAGCCACCCCGACCCAAACCCAAGCGCUAACCACCCCCACGACUCUCUCUCUCUCCCUCUCCCGAUCCAAUCUGGAUCGGGCCGUUCCCCCUUCCCCCUCGCCGCGUCCCCGACGCCACCUCGCUUAGGGCCCCCCUCGUCGGAGCCUCCCGACGCCGCCGCACGCCAUCUCCUCCCGCACGAUGCCUCCCCCUCGACGCGGACUGAAUCGGCGGCUCGAUCCCGCGGCGCCCCGAGCCCUGACGCCGUGCCGUCGCUGCUCACCACCACCUCGUCGGCGUCGCCUCGUCUUCGUCCUCCUCCCCAUCGGACGCCCCCACGCCUCGACGCCCCCCUGCUCUCCAACGCCGAUGGUGGAUCCUUGGAGCCAGAUGCCACCGCCGACGGAUACUGCUACGUGGAGACCGCCGAUGACCAGGAGUAGUUAGGAGGUCCCAGGCAGGAG